AUGGCUCCCACUACCCACCAACGUCGUUCUAGCACUGCAACCCCUGUGACUGCAAACCUGCUGCCAGGCUUUGCUUUUGCUUUCGACAUUGAUGGUGUCCUACUCCGAUCUUCUUCGCCAAUCCCUGGAGCAUCCGAAGCGUUGAACCUACUCCAUUCAAACAACAUUCCCUUCAUCUUAUUGACCAAUGGAGGAGGCAAACAUGAGAGUGCUCGGGUCGCAGAGCUGAGCAAGAAACUCAAUGUUCCCCUCACUGAAGAGAAUUUUGUUCAAUCACACACACCAUUCAAACAACUUGUUGAGGGAUCAGAUGCUGCGGAGAGUCUCAAGGACAAGACAGUUCUUGUUACUGGUGGAGAUGGAGAUAAAUGUCGAAAGGUCGCAGAAAUGUAUGGCUUUAAUAAAGUCGUGACUCCUGGGGACAUCCUUAUGGCUUACCCAACUGUUUGGCCCUUCAACCAAAUCUUUAGCGAGUAUUACAACAAGGCUACACGACCUCUUCCUAGACCUGUUGAUCUCCUCAAUCUUUCAGAAUCUCUCAGGUUCGAUGCUAUCAUGAUCUUCAAUGAUCCUCGUGAUUGGGCCUUGGAUACUCAAGUGGUACUUGAUCUUCUCUUAUCUGAAAAGGGCAUCUUGGGUACUUAUUCGCCCAAGAACGGCGACGCAUCACUUCCCAAUAAUGGCUGGCAACAAGACGGGCAACCCAAACUCUUCUUCUCGAACCCAGACCUCUUUUGGGCAACUAACCAUCACAUGCCUCGUCUUGGCCAAGGAGGUUUCCAAGCAUGCCUCGAAGGGGUUUGGAAGGCUACCACCGGUGGUGCAAAGCUCGAACGCACUGUUAUUGGCAAACCACACGCAGCAACAUACAAGUAUGCUGAGCGCGUACUACACAAAUAUCGUACACACAUGCUCGGCGGUAAUGGCGAAAGUAAGAGAAAGCUCCCACAUUUGAAGCGCGUUUUUAUGGUCGGCGAUAAUCCAGAGUCUGACAUUCGUGGUGCCAAUGAAUUCGAAUCAUCUCACGGCACAGACUGGACUUCGGUUCUGGUCAAGACAGGUGUUUAUAGAAGUGGCACUGUUCCUGCUCAUAAGCCAAAGGCAAUCGUUGGAGAUGUCUACGAAGCUGUCAAGUGGGCUUUGGAACAGGAAGGCUGGCAUACUGUUCAUGAAUGA